AUGGCAUUGCCUUCGCCUUCAUGUUUGACGGCGCAACUGCAUUUUCUAGCUCGCAACCCCAAAUACGAAUACGAAAAGCCUUACACGCUUCGAUAUAUCCCAAGCCCCAAAGACGGCCUUUCUCAGAGCAACAUUGACCGAGUCCAACAUGAAGUCAAGUUCAAUGAUCUGCGCCUUCGGUCCUUAGAUUACAGCGAGUGUGGCUUCACAGUGACCGACUGCUCAUCCACCCUGCAGUAUGACGACUACGCAGACACCGAUAAGAUCGAGAAAAUCCAUGCUCCAGAAGUUAUGGUUGCGACUAGUGAAGCAGGCUCUGGCUCACGCCUGCUCAUGUACGACGUAGAUCAUACCUACGAAGGUGGCAGGGCCAUCAUUCAGGAAACCUUUGGUGGGGAGGCAGAUGCAAUAUUGGCGCGACGCUGGCAGUGUCUUCCGUGGUUCCCGGAGCAUAUUUACCAUCGACUCGGCUGCCCCGAGACUCUGCCACGUCUGUUUCUGCACAUACAUCACAAAUGGAACCACCCACAUCAUGCUGUGAUUGGGCUGACAAGGUGCCUUGCAAGCGUGUGGCAUCCUCUUCGAGGGCCUUUGGUCGAUUGGCCUCUGGCAUUGUGCGAUGCCCAGACCGUCGACUUCGCACGGGAUACGAUGGCGGGCGAUGUCGUCGAUCGUGACCACGUUUUUGAGAAUACGCAAGUUCAUUUCAACGAAGGACAAAGAUGGUUUUACCUCUCAAAUCAGUUGCCGACAGAAUUGCUGAUCUUCAAGAACGCUGACUCGCAGGAGCCCCUGGGGGCGAAUCCUGGGGUUCCCCAUGCCUCUUUCGACAAUCCCAUCACAAGCAAAGGGGACUUCAGAAGGGAAAGCAUUGAAAUGCGUGUCUUGGUUCAAUGGGACUGA